UUACUGUGUGCGACGUCUAGAAACCACUACAAUGCAAACACUCGAGAUUAUGUCAAAUGUUGCGUCACGUUCUGCAUUUGUGUAUUUUAGAAGUGCUUUAGUUAAACCAGUUUUGCGUUUGAGCUUACUUUAAUCGUAAAAUUAAGAACAAGUAUCGGUUCAAACAAGGAUUCUGUGGAGUGCUCUACCAGAAAGUGGUACAAUCCUUCGUAGUUUUUGGAGAUUGGGAGGGGGCACGAGGUGAUUGAUAGAAAUGAUUUCAGUAAAAGCUCGCGCGACAGUAGGUUUUUAGGGGUGGAAAUUAAAAAAAAACAUCUUCCCGGUCAGUAAUUUUUGUUGCGGUGUUAAUGAUUAUAUGCAAGGGAUGUUUAGGUAACAUCGGUUACGCAUGUAGAUUUAUUUUUUAUGUAUGUAAAUAAGCAUAAUGUGGCGAUAAACGAAACCAGCUGAUAUUACCAAAUUUCCAUACAAGAAAAACAAGGAGAAAGAGACCUGCGGUUGCUAUGGAGAAACUGCGGCUGUCAGACCGGGGGCAGGCCUGAGCCUCGGACUGGAGUUACUGGGAAAGGCCGGGGACGGGGAGAGGUGGGAGCAACACUUUGGGGAAGAGAGGGAGUUGUUUAUUAGAAGACGUGCAUUUGCUGAAUUACCUGAAGCAGUGUAGAGACUUUGAACUUUAAGAAAAAAUGCCUCCAAGACCAUCGUCGGGUGAACUGUGGGGCAUCCACUUGAUGCCCCCAAGGAUUUUGGUGGACUGUCUCCUGCCUAAUGGAAUGAUUCUGACUUUGGAGUGCCUCCGUGAGGCCACACUUAUUACCAUUAAACAUGAACUUUUUAAGGAAGCCAGAAAGUACCCGCUUCAUCAUCUCCUACAGGAUGAAACCUCGUAUAUUUUUGUCAGUGUUACACAGGAGGCAGAGCGGGAGGAAUUUUAUGAUGAAACAAGACGACUUUGUGAUCUCCGACUCUUCCAGCCAUUUUUGAAGGUCAUAGAGCCAGUUGGCAAUAGAGAGGAGAAAAUUCUUAACCGGGAAAUUGGUUUUGCAAUUGGUAUGCCUGUGUGUGAGUUUGAUCUUGUAAAGGAUCCUGAAGUGCAGGACUUCAGGAGAAACAUACUGAAUGUCUGUAAAGAAGCAGUGGACCUCAGAGAUGUAAAUGGGCCACACAGUCGAGCAUUAUAUGUUUACCCUCCAAAUGUAGAAUCCUCUCCAGAACUUCCAAAGCACAUCUACAGUAAACUUGAUAAAGGUCAAAUAAUUGUUGUGAUUUGGGUGAUAGUUUCUCCCAAUAAUGACAAACAGAAGUACACACUAAAAAUUAACCACGACUGCGUACCGGAGCACGUAAUAGCAGAAGCUAUAAGGAAGAAAACUCGGAGCAUGCUGCUUUCACCUGAGCAGCUCAAAAUGUGUGUGCAGGAAUACCAGGGAAAAUACAUCCUGAAAGUGUGUGGCUGCGAUGAGUAUUUGUUGGAAAAAUACCCGCUUAGUCAGUACAAGUAUGUGAGAAGUUGCAUCAUGUUGGGGCGUAUGCCGAAUCUGAUGCUGAUGGCUAAGGAGAGUCUGUACACUCAGCUGCCAAUUGAUAAUUUCACCAUGCCAUCUUACGCUCGUCGAAUCUCAACUGCCACACCUUACAUGAACGGAGAAACCUCUGCUAAGUCCCUGUGGACCAUUAAUGAUACCUUGAAGAUAAAGAUCUUGUGUGCAACAUAUGUAAAUGUAAACAUUCGAGAUAUUGAUAAGAUUUAUGUGCGAACAGGCAUAUAUCAUGGAGGAGAACAGAUGUGCGAUAAUGUGAACACUCAGCGAGUGCCAUGUUCUAACCCAAGGUGGAAUGAGUGGCUGAAGUAUGACAUGUACAUUCCUGAUAUUCCACGUGCAGCUCGGCUUGGUUUGUCCAUCUGCUCUGUCAAAGGCAGGAAGGGGGCUAAAGAGGAACAUUGUCCAUUGGCAUGGGGGAAUAUUAAUCUCUUUGAUUACACAGACACUCUUGUCUCUGGAAAAAUGGCACUAAAUUUAUGGCCUGUGCCUCAUGGACUGGAAGAUUUGCUAAAUCCCAUUGGAGUGACAGGCUCAAAUCCAAAUAAGGAAACUCCUUGUUUAGAGUUAGAAUUUGAUUAUUUCAGCAGCCCUGUGAAGUUUCCUGACAUGUCAACAAUUGAGGACCAUGCUAAUUGGACUAUAUCCAGGGAACUGGGGUUUAAUUACUGCCCUACUGGCUUGAGUAACAGAUUAGCUCGAGACAAUGAGCUGACAGAAAGUGAUAACGAACAGCUUCGUUUGGUUUGUAACAGAGACCCUCUUUCUGAGAUCACUGAGCAAGAGAAAGAUUUCCUUUGGCGACACAGACAUAUUUUGGUAAACAUACCUGAAAUUCUGCCCAAAAUUCUGCUUGCUGUAAAGUGGAACUCCCGAGAUGAAGCAUCACAGAUGUAUUGUCUAUUAAAGGACUGGCCCGCAAUUAAACCAGAGCAGGCAAUGGAGUUAUUGGACUGUAACUACCCAGAUCCCAUGAUACGUGAUUUUGCUGUGAGGUGUCUUGAAAAGUAUUUGACAGAUGACAAACUCUCUCAGUACCUAAUUCAGCUUGUACAGGUCCUGAAAUAUGAGCAGUAUCUAGAUAACCCACUGGUGAGAUUUUUACUCAAGAAAGCUUUGACCAAUCAGAGAAUCGGACAUUUCUUCUUUUGGCACUUGAAGUCUGAAAUGCACAACAAAACAGUGAGUCAGCGGUUUGGCUUACUUCUGGAGUCCUACUGCCGAGCCUGCGGCAUGUACCUGAAACACCUGAGUCGGCAAGUUGAAGCCAUGGAGAAACUGAUUAACCUCACAGAUAUCCUCAAACAGGAGAAAAAAGAUGAAACGCAAAAGGUCCAAAUGAAGUUUCUUGUAGAGCAAAUGAGGCGGCCAGACUACAUGGAUGCAUUACAGAACUUUACCUCUCCACUUAACCCUGCACACCAAUUGGGCAAUUUAAGGCUUGAAGAAUGCAGAAUCAUGUCCUCUGCAAAAAGGCCUCUGUGGUUGAAUUGGGAAAAUCCAGAUAUCAUGUCCGAGCUUCUGUUCCAGAACAAUGAGAUCAUUUUUAAAAAUGGAGAUGAUUUGCGACAAGACAUGUUAACCCUGCAAAUCAUAAGAAUUAUGGAAAACAUCUGGCAGAACCAGGGCCUUGAUUUGCGGAUGCUUCCUUAUGGCUGUUUGUCAAUUGGUGACUGUGUGGGGCUGAUCGAGGUGGUAAGAAGCUCUCAUACGAUCAUGCAGAUCCAGUGUAAAGGAGGACUGAAGGGCGCGCUGCAGUUCAACAGCCAUACUUUACACCAGUGGCUUAAAGACAAGAACAAAGGAGAAAUGUAUGAUCUAGCCAUUGAUUUGUUUACACGUUCCUGUGCCGGCUAUUGUGUUGCCACUUUUAUUCUUGGAAUUGGAGACAGACACAAUAGCAACAUCAUGGUAAAGGAUGAUGGGCAGCUGUUCCAUAUAGAUUUUGGUCAUUUCCUGGAUCACAAGAAGAAAAAAUUUGGAUACAAACGAGAGCGGGUGCCAUUUGUCUUAACUCAAGAUUUCUUAAUAGUGAUAAGCAAAGGAGCUCAAGAAUGCACUAAAACAAGAGAGUUUGAAAGGUUUCAAGAGAUGUGCUAUAAAGCUUACUUGGCAAUCAGACAGCAUGCCAACCUCUUUAUAAACCUUUUCUCUAUGAUGCUGGGCUCAGGAAUGCCAGAGCUACAGUCUUUUGAUGACAUUGCUUACAUUCGGAAGACCCUGGCACUGGACAAAACUGAGCAAGAAGCUCUAGACUAUUUCAUGAAGCAGAUGAAUGAUGCUCAUCAUGGCGGGUGGACGACAAAAAUGGACUGGAUCUUCCACACGAUACGACAGCAUGCCUUGAACUGAAAUAAUGUUGAGCAGAUAAGUGACCGGAUUAUCCUGACAACCUAGUGCAGUGUUUGUCUCAAGCUGCAUCCACACUGAACGCGAGCGAAUAAUUUAGAAGUCACUGCAGUCAAAUGGGAGUAUCCAUACCAGUAGCGAGCAACGUGAGCAAUGUCGCUUUGAGAAAAAUUUGCAUCGCUAAAAUAGAACCUGUUUCUCUUUUUUUUUUUUUUUUUCCGUUGUGCGACUGGAAUGAAACUGACCAAUCGGAAGCAAGGUUAACACCCUUGACACAUGUCAAACACACGCCUCAAAACACGUUGCGCCUCAAAACAAGUUAAUCAUGGACGACAAAAAGUUAAUUUGAGGUGCAGCAGUAUCGAUUUAUUAUAGGAUUGUAAAUUGAACGACUACAAAGACAUCCAGAAGAAAGACCAUGCCUGGGUGGCUUGCAGGUGGUGCAUUUAGCAGCACCGAGACAUUUUCUUUCCGAUUUUAAUGCAAGUUGCAUGAAAAUAGGUUUAUUAAUAAGCAAAAAUAAACCGGACCAUACAUGCAGUCUACAUAUCCAGCAUUUAAAUGAAAAAUGUGCACUUUUUGCUGUCUUUUAAAAAUGACACAAAAAAGGUCCUGCAUUCGCUUUCAACUUGAACAUGUAACCUAAUUUUAAGCUAUGUGUUUGUUUGUUUUUUGGUUUUAUUAUAAAUAACGUUUUGUUCACUAAAUUGUUCAGUGGCACAAAUCCAUGACAAGUAGUUAUUUACAUACGCAUAAAGCAAAGUUUUGUGGCGAUUCACCAAACAAAAAUAUUAUCGAGGUCCUACUACACUAUACGUUGUAAAACAAAACCAGCAAUACGUUUGUAUUCUGUGUGACACAUCCCAACAUUACCAAGCUCACAUGUAGUUUUGAAGAUUAUGACCCAUAUUUAUAUAAAGCAUUUUCUGUCAAGUUGACAGGACUGUUUUAAAAGGAAAAACAAAAUAAUGAUACAAGGUAAUUGGUGACCUGCGCAUAACAAAGAUUUUAAUAGAUGGUGAUUUAUGUAGUGCUCAACAACGACGUAAUAAUAUUACUAAUAAUUGUAAUAGUAAUAAUGUUGCACUAUAAAAAAAUACUUUGUUAAUAAACAAAAAGGAUCAAAGAAGGAAUUUGUAAAGAAACACAAUUGAGAUUGCAUUAAGUUGUAUAUAUAAAUGUAUAACGAUAAAAUAAUGUUGUUGAAAAUAUCAGUUUAACUAUACUACUAUUGUCCAGCUGUUUUCUGACAGCUGGAGAUGUACUGGGCUUCAAAUCAGACUACUAUUACUACUACUGCUACUCGUACCGUGAAAAAAAAAAAAACUACAACUGUACAAUUACUACUUCUAAUAAUGAUAACAAUAAAACCGUUGGAUAUAUAGGGAUGUUCAAUAACUCUGAUCUAUAGAUUUUAUAAGUCCAACCUUUAUUUUACAACGGAGUUGCCAGAGGUCAGGGUAACCAAACAAGACCUAUUUUGUAAUGGGACAGCCUAUCUCUAGUAUGUCCAAUAGGAAUGCAUGGACAGGGUCAUGUAUUUAUUUCCAGUCUUUUGGCUUGUUUCCAAGUCCCGUCUGGUGUGGAUUGACAUUCGGUACUUCGCUUGUGUCGCUCUGUCCAGUGUGGAUGCAGCUUCAGACAGAGUGAACAGUGGUUGACAUGCAACAGCCCUAACCGCACUGAUCAGUCUGAAAAAGAGCAGUACCAGCAUUCUCUUGUGAAAAGGUUUUCUUACCCGGAUAAUGGAUUCAUGUUCGUCUCAAACUCUCCACAGGUCAGGAGAAGAAAAUGGUGUUCCUCAUGUUCAGUCCUUUCUUAAAAAAAAAAAAAAAAAAGUAAAAUAAAAACAACACACUUCUUUCAUUUGCAUAUGUCCACCUGUGUGGUAUUAAGGAGCACAUUCCUUAUUCAAGUGUUAAGGUCUAGAGAACAUCUUCAUAGUGAGGUCAUGUUGUGUGUGUGUGAUUCACUAGACACCUAUUGGCGCUCUGCGGAAUUGGUUGUUGCUUUUUCAUUUUUAUAUACAGUUUAGUUCUCUUGAUGUGUACGUUGCCAUCCUGUGCUUGUGAAGUUGCAUGUUAGUGCUUUCAUACUAGCGCUGUGAAGAUUUUGGGGGGGUCCUUGUAAACAAAGUUUUAUAUAUGUAUAUAGUAUAGAUAAAAACGUUUUUUCAUAUUUUCAAUAAUAAAACUCGUGAUACUGUAGACACAGUACAGGUACAAAUAAUGGAAGAUCUUGCACUCGGGUAACAUUUCUGUUGAUUGGGCUCACCAAUGUUUAAUCUACCUCCUGAACAAUACAGCCAGACAAAUGAGCCAUCAAAGAAGGUUCUCAAGAUGAGCCAAGCCCAUGUCACACAAAUUCCAGGAAGGAUGCAGAAAAUGAUUCAAAGUGACUUUGUACCAUGCUAAAUUCGAUCACUUCUUCUAUCACGGGCUCUAUUAACCAUCCUGUCAAAAUGUAACUAAUCAGUACACCCAGACUGAUUUCACGCCAUGACAUUUUGUCAGAAUCUUGAUCAACAAACCUGCAGCGUUUACAUUGAUCUCGCAAAGAAAUGUCUUGCAGAUCUGCUUGGAAUAAAGGAACAGAAUCUUGGACAAAGACUUUUUCUUGGAGAUUCAUUGGCUUGAGGUUUUGUAGACCAAGUACAAGACCAUUUUCCAGUACAGUAGCAGUAUUUAUACAUUUUAAAUGCGUACAUUGGAAAUAAACACAUUAUAGCAAAGGCAGAAUCUUAAAGAACAUACAUAUCCCUGCACUGGUGGCGUGUAAAAGAAAGUUUUUUUUUUUUUUUUUUUUUUUUUUCCUUCAAAAUGUAACAUUAUGGAAUCCUAUUUAAGAAAUACUUUCAAGGUGAUUCUACUGUUCCCAGACUAAAAUAUACCAGACCCAAGAUAUGUUUUACUUAAACUUACAGCUGGUUCUAAGCCUAUAGUACAAAAUGCAAUAAAGCAGCAUUUAUUUUGAAGAAUUAAUUUGGACAAUUUUUGUCCUGUACACUAUGUGGUUUGUAUCGGUUGUGCUACCUUGAUAAAGGUAGUAAUUGGAGGGUUGGUUUUUUUUUUAUUUAUUUAUAUUUUUUAACCCCUAUAAGACACACUGCCUAAAGUUGUACUUCGUUUAUAUUGUAAUUUGAGAGAGGCAGUGUUAUGACAGCUCAUGAAUCCUGCAUUUAGUCAGUCUUUUAAUAUUAUUUUCAGGUUGAUAUAUGCAGGUGGUAUGUGUGUACCUGAAGUCUGUUUGAAUAUACCUGUGUUGUCUGAGCCAUUGUUUUGAAUAGGGAAUUGCUGAAAAAAAAUGGUUGCUACAUAAUAGGCAAAAAAUAUAUAAUUGUAUUUGGUUCAGUUUCAUAUAGGUACAAAUGUAUUUUCAGCAGUAUUACUACUGCACAGUAAUGUGGUUGAUAUUCAGUCUUGGCAGCAAAAAUGUAUAUGUUUUUAUUUAUGUUUUAUACAAAGCAAUGCAAGGAAUCAGGUCCAUUCAAGAGGUUGUACAUGCAAUACACAAUUAUUCUUUUUUGUAGUAGUAGUAAUUUGCAGUUUAUUUUAAAGUAAGGAUCACCCAUAGAGGUAAUGAAACAGUGCUACUAAUUGAAAUCUGAAAUCCCAACUUACCACACAGAGCAGACUAGAAGACUGAUUCCCUUUAACUGUCUAUUGCCAAAUAGGUAGUAAAACAUGAGUUGCAGUCUAUAUUUAUGGCAAGCAACUAAAACAUGAACACUAUUUGCCACCAAAUGCUAAUGAACACAUUUUUAUAUUCACUUUUUUAAAACAUUUUUGGUAAAAAAAAAAAUCAUGUUUAGUUAUUUUCUCGCAUUAUUCUCUAGUUUACUUUUUGUUUGUCAGAACACCUUAUUUAAAACUUUGGUAUUUUGUUAUUUAAACUUAACUGAAAAUGAUUAAAUUGUACAUUACACAAUAUGCCGUCAAGUAGCCAAAGGAGCUUUUGCAUUGCUUUGCUUCCUGCUUUUGAUCUGAAGCUAAUCCUUUUAUUAAAAAAAUAAAAUAAUAAUUCUGAAAGCAGCGGUAAAAAACCCCACAUAUUACAAAUAAACAGCACAGUGGUAGCAAUUCAUUAUUACAUCAUCCUUUAUUUUAUUUGUAAAUGUGUAAGAUGUAAUGAUUAGUGUUCAGAUAUUUAAGGUUUUUAAUUGUCAUAUGAAUGUCUCUUGUGGAAAAACGGCUUGCAUCAACAGCAAAUUAAAGCUAGUGUAUGUGCUUGUGUAUCAUUGCUAUUUCCAUAGUUACUGUACAUCCCAGAAGAGCUGGUAGAAGCAAGUGAUUUUACAAUAUUGGAUCGGUUGUCAGAUGCAGUAGAUUAAUUGGGAGUAGUAAACAUGGACCUGUGUUGUACGUUGGUUAUAUACUUGCAACCUUUCCUGGAAAGGAAUUACUAUUUUGUAAGGCGUGUGCAAAUAUAGCAGACAGUUAUCCAAUCCAGACCAUGAACUCACUAGUUGAGGAAAGACUUGUUUAAUGUUUCAACCACUUGUACAUUGGCAAGGCCGUUAGUAUAUUAGUAAAGACAACAUACAGCCAUCAGUACUUUAAUGCCCUUUUCAUAAAUAUUUUUGGUUAAAUUGUGAAGUAACAGUGUUUUGGAAAAGACAGAAAAUGUAAGUCUAAUCCAUGUGGUCAGUUCCCUUUUGAACACUAAGUUUAUAAUGAAAUGUGGUGUAUGUAAAGCUACUAAAAAUGGUCUUUCCAUCCUCUUGUGCAUUAUAAAUGCAUUUAUUUUACAUUCAAAUCUUGAAAAGGGCCUGCUUAUGAACUGUGAACUUUUAAUUUCUUUUAACAAUAUAUUUACAUUUGUUAGGUUUAUAAAGAGCAUGAUAUGUAAAGCAUUAAAAGUCACAGUAAUCCAAACUUAUGCAUUCAUGUAAGAUGCUGUACUUGAGGUUUUGUAUUUCAAACUAUAUAUGUGUCUCUUAUAUGCAGUAAAACAGUCAACCACUAUACAGUCAUAACUGAAGUGUGUAGGUGGUUUUGCACUUUGUAACUGAUCUUUUAAGCGCCUUAUGUCUUAAAGGCACUGUACUAACUUCCCUGCAUAUACUAGUAGAUAAAUACCUUAAGUAGUUCUUUUUAUACUCUCCAUUAUCAGGAAUAGGUUUUUAGAUAUUGUAGUGAUCGGUAGAAUUAUGCUUGCUUUUUAAAAUCUAUAAACAGCAUGGUUAUGUUUUUAUUAUUUUAUUUAUUCCAUAUUGUUUGUAUUUACAGGUUACAGACUUUUUGGGCUGGACCCACUUAGUCCACUCAAAUGCCUAUGUAUAAUGUCCUGAAACCUAUUAUAGAAGAUUUGACUUGAUAAGGAAAAAAGGAAAGAAAAAAAAAACUAAAUGUGCUAUCCAGAGGAUUGAUGUGCUGCUUUUGUAGCAUUUUUAAAACCUUUCCAGAUUAGUUCAGUUUUUAAAGGUUUUACUUGAAUUGUAUUGUUACAAACCCUUUUAUAUGUUGAAAACAAAGUUGUGGUUACCAUAUGGCAUAGCACUGAAGGUUAGUUAGCAUAAGCCAUUUCAUACCGAUGGUGAAUGUUCAAAUCCUUUGGUUAGAUAGGUCUCUUACUACAAAUUUAGUACUGUUUUGAUUAAAGACUUUUGAAGUAAAAAGCACGACAUAACGUCUGUUUUUCUCUGAACACCACAAGAGUUGUAGUAACACUAAGCAUGUCUGUUAUAAUUUGGCGGAGGCUGGCUUGUGGGUUUUUUCUGUUUGUUUGUUUUUAGUGUAAAAAAAAUGUAAUCCUAAUACUGGGAGCGUAGAUAAGUGGCACACUCUGGUUCUAGACACAAGUUUGGAAAGGUAAAGGUGAAACUUCUUUUAUAAUGCAAAAGAGUAGUCUAUACAGGGAGGCUACCAGCCCAAAUUGAGCAAAAUGAACUUUUCUCCCUGUUGUGUUCAGAACUUAUCUCUCUAAACUAAAUGACUUUUUUUUAUCAUGUUAUGGGCCAAAUGAAGAUUGUGUAUAACCCAACUGCAUGUACGUUGGAUUGCAUUAACCAAGCAUUAUAGUAUCCUUAUUAUUUUGGUACGUUUUGCUAUGUAGCUUGAAAAGAAAAUGUUUGGCCUAAGACUGUACUUUCUGUAGCUCAUGUUUUAUUACCUGGUAACAAUCUGCGUUUUUCUUUUUAUCUAAGUCUGUUGUACAUCAUGGUAUUUUAUUAAACAAUUGCUUUGUUCCAAGUCUGUCUCAAAUAAUUUGAGUGUUAUGUAAUUAUGUAUAAAUAAAUUUAUUUAAAGUGG